AUGCAUGGAAACACAGGUUAUCGACCACUAGCGUGGUCGAUAAUCCCUCAUCGCCUUAUGCGUACACCGGGAUCGUCUCUGCUGCCAUUUAAUAUUAUUACUAUCAUCGAAAUUAAGAAGAAAACAUUACAACAUCCAAUAUUAACUAAACUUGAUAUUGGUCAAACAUGUGAGUAUCUCCAUACAAUAUUGCAAUUUACACCUGAUAGACAAGUAAUUUAUGGUUUAUUAACAAAUUUUGAAAUAGGCAUAGUAAUUCGUGGUUCAGUUAAAUCAAAUAUAGAUGAUCCAUUUGAAUUUGAAACACAAUUUGAAAUUUACCAACUAUCAAUAGCUGAUGAUUUAAAUAAGAUAUUAUGGACAAUAAUUCAUUUAAACAAUCAAACUUAUAACCGAUUACCCUAUAAAAAAAAUUCCAGUGCGACACUGUCAAACCGGUGCGCAUGGCAUGCCAUCGGUCACUGUCACUGGCUGGCACCGAUGCGUACCCGUGCCCAGCAAGUGCCGAUUGGCACUCACUUUGAAUUUAAUGUGGAAUUAAAUGCAAUUAGUUAUCGUUCUAUUUUGGGACGUGGUAGUCAUAGUCUUGUUUUUAAAACCCAAAUAAAUGAAAAUGAUAAAAAGGUUUUACAUAAAUGGAAAAAUGGAAACACAUAUUUAUUAUUUACGCCGGUUGGUGAACCUGUAAAAAUUUAUGGAUUAUCAAUUGCUAAUAAAAAACAACGUUUUAAUGACCUAUAUGAACAAUUACGUUUAGCUCAUGCAAACAGUUAUAUUCAUCGUGACAUCCGACAAGCAAAUAUAAUAAGUUGCAAAAUUCAAGAAAAUCCUGAUGAAAAUCCAAUUCUAAUUAAAUGUUCGUAUAUUGAUGAGAUAAUGCAUCUUGUCAAAUGUUUUCUAUUAGAUCAAUGUGAUGAAAUGAACAAACGUACAUUAGCUGCUGAAAUUAAUGAAUUUGAUAUAAGUAGUGUUAUUCAAUGGUGGGAUAAUUACUUGAUACGACAUUAG